AUGUCGCCAAUUUGGCAGAGACAGUCCAGUGACAUUGUGAACGGCCCAGGAUUGCCGUACGCACCGCGUCCGGCUCUUCAGCAGCAUUAUUUUCCGGACUACUUACAGCAGGUCGGACAGCAGCGGAGUAUGGGGCCACCCCAGCUUCCAACCCCUGCACCGACUCCUACGGCGCAGAUGUAUACACCGGCUCAGUCCAUACAGCAGUACUCCCCACAACCGGGUUCUUCCCAGCCUAUGGGCUAUUCGUCUUUAGCACAGCCGCAAUACCUCCAGCCACGCCAGGCGCCCACGGCACCAGAGCUCAAAAUCAAGCAACACAGCUUCCCUACUGUGCCUCGGUCUCAGUCCACGCAGUCCGGAAAUACUGCCAACCGUCGUCGCAAUACUCAGCCUGGCCUCCCGACUCUUGCUAGACCUGCCGGCAUCUCCAAGUCCGUUCCCCAACCCUCCGCAACUACUGCCACACCGGACUGGACCGACACAGCUCAGCUUGCAGCUAGUAUGCCGGCUUUCAAAAGUCUCCCGAAAGCAGAGAAGGUAGCCAAAAUUCUGGAGAUCAACAGGGCUAUCAAAGCCAAGAACCCUACUGCGCUCACGGCGAUGGAUCAGUUCCUCCUUGACCACGAUCUCGCCAAAGAAGACGUCACGGUAGUGGGUGUGGUAGGGCCCGGUGGUAACAUAGUGAAGCCACCAGGUCAACAAGCGAUAACCGUUCCGGCGCCGGGCUAUCCGACUCAUCCGGGUGUGCAUGCGACUCCAUCGGGUAUGCCAGCCUUCGCGCAUCAUCCGGGGUAUUCGAACAUUACUAGUUCGUUUCCUCAACCGUCCUAUAACCCACCAACAAAAUCUGCACCGGCCAGCAAGCGAGGGAGGAAGAAGAAGGAGAAGAAGUGA